AACUUUAAGGUUUGUAAUACACUGUGAAAAAUUUAAAGAUAGAUCACAAAAUACAUAUAAAAUAUAACUCAUUAUGAUCUUGGUAUUCUGAAUAAGUUAUAUAUUUCUUUUGCGACGCCUUCAGUCGCGCAUCAAAAAAAAUAAACCUGGUCGUCCCAAAACCGCGGUGUUCAUACUUCAAUCGCUUCAAACUCCUUUCACAAUCGACUCUAAUUAAUACAUUUCUAUUAACUAUCAUACAAUUUUAUUAUUUGUAUUUAUACCCUUUUCUCCUAUUCGAAACAUCGAGAUUUAACGGGUUAAGUUGUUUAUUUACCAGCUGUUUGCAUUGUAAUUCAUUACUAUUUGUGGUUUUGUGCGAAACACUAAAGGGAUGUGUUUACAAAUUUAAAUUUCAAUUCUUAUGGAAAUGUCCCGUAGAAGUCAAGACAUUCCUAUCCGACCACGCUAUGGUAUACCAGACACAACAGAUGAUGACAAUAUCAGCCCAAUAGAGCGCACAAAGCAAAGGACUAGAAAGACUCCAACAAGCGCUAUGGAACCUUCAUCAUACAGUGAAAUUCCUUUUCUUGCACAAUAUCCAGAUAUGGAUAUUUCCCCACAAGAUAUACAACGUGUUAGUGCAGAAGUUGACAAAACCGAACGAAACAUUAUUGGAGAACCAGGUGUUGAAUAUGACGAUGAGGAUGACAACUCAAACUCCAAAGACAGUUCAUACGAGGAUAAUAAAACACCUAUGCGACCGAAUUCAUUGCACUGCGAUUCGUCUUUUCCUUAUGAAUUGGAGGGGGCGACCAGUACCGAUGGCGAAAUGCGACACUUUGUAGCCGAUAAUCUAGAGGAAAAAAUACGGAGUGAUCAACAGAGUUAUGCUUCACAUAAUAGCACACCGUCAGUCGCCAAUGCGAGCGGGGGCUUACUUACGCGUCGUUUCUUACAAACUCAACGGCCUCAAAUCGAUGCGAAUGUUUUAAAUGACAUUGAAAUCGAAGCACAAUAUUUGGCUGCAUCCGUAGAUAAUUUGAUGGAAAACCUGUGCAAUUUGUUGCAUUCAAUAUCUUCUAUUACUGCUGAUAACGUGGAGGUGCAUAAAAAUGCAGUAAAUAAACUUACUGACAGUAUGGAUGCUAAUAUUAAAUGCAUGUACACCAUUAUGGCAAAAACAGAGGAAAUUACUAAGUCCAUGAAGCCAACAGAGCAGCUAGGACAAAGAAUUCGAGAAAUUAAGCGCCUUGUGGAUAUGCUCGAUGGCACUAUGUAGGACCAACCGUUGGUGGUAAAUGGUAAUUUACCGAAAACCGCCUGUCCCCUUAUUUAAUUAUACACACUUUGAAUUAGUAUAAACAAGUUAUUAGAGUUAUUAUAAAAAUGAAUAUCUAAACUACAUAUUUGCAUAUAAUAUAAAAUAGUUGUAUGUA